AUGCCGAACGAACUCGUCCUUUUGACAGGAGCGUCCGGUCAGAUAGGAUUCCGUACCUUGAUCCAGGCCCUGAGCUCGGGGUAUCAUGUUCGCGCCGCCGUACGCUCACAGCGCAAGCAAGACCUGAUCGCCAAUGCCUCUGCAACUCAGCCGUAUCUCAAGCAGCUGUCAUUCGUCCAUGUCACAGAUUUCGAGAAGGACGGCGCUUUCGAUGAUGCUGUUCAAGGAGUCAGCUACAUAAUCCACAUCGCAUCACCACUGUCGGAUGCCGGUACAGACGUCCAACGCGACAUCGUCCAGCCCGCAAUUCGGGGUACCUUGAGCAUCCUCGACUCAGCGAGUAAAGCCUCCUCUGUCAAACGAGUGGUCAUCACAUCCUCUUCGCUUGCAACAUGGUCGUUCGCUCCGGACCCUUACACGGCCAGCGACUUCCAGCCUGAUCCCGAGGUGCCAAAGGAGCCCGGAUUUUUCGCCUAUGCAGCCAGCAAGAAACUUGCCCUGAACCGAACGCGCGACUGGGUGCAAGAAAAGAAGCCAGGCUUCGCGGUCAUCAACAUCAUGCCAUCAUUCGUUUGGGGGAGAAACGAGAAUGCAACAACAAGGGCUGAUUUGGCGCAGGGCUCGAAUGGCAUGCUCUUGAAGUUGGCCUUGGGAGGCGCCAACAUCGACCAAGGUUUCCCAAAUAGCGCUUGCCACGUUGAUGAUGUAGCUGAGGUACACGUGCGAGCUCUGGAUGUACCAGACGUGGGCCCCCUUCGUAAUUUUGGCGUGGGUUGGUCGAAAGAAAAGUGGCAGUGGGACGACAUUAAGGAGAUCGCACGCAAACACUAUCCGGAAGCUUUCGAAGAUGGGACUUUCGUGUCCAGUGGAUCCAUCAAGUCGGCCGAGAUGGCAUUCGAUGCGAGCGAGACGGAGAAGACCUUGGGCAUCGAGUUCAAGUCGUUGGAAACGGCGAUCAAGGACCUAGCGGGCCAGUAUCUGGAGCUCAAGUAA